AUGAACAAGAAGAAAACUCAAUGCCCCAGAAAGGCAGUCGAAAUCAGAAGCUCAACAACAAUUAUCAAGAAACCAGCAACCCUUGUAGUGUCGCGAAAACGGAAAUCAACUACAGCGAAACCCGAAAAACAUUCGCGAGAAAACGAUGAAACAUCCAUUUCGUCCGAUUUCCUGGAUAAAUUUCCAAUUUUGACCUCUGAUUUCUACCAGGUUGACGCCCUCGACCUCGCCCCACGUUUGCUGGGGAAAUAUCUCAGGAAGGAUGACGUAAUUCUUCAGAUAACUGAGGUUGAGGCUUAUAGGCCAAAUGACUCGGCUUGUCACGGACGGUUUGGGAUUACGGCAAGGACUGCCCCUGUGUUUGGACCUGGAGGCCAUGCAUACGUUUAUCUCUGUUAUGGUCUGCAUACAAUGCUUAAUGUGGUGGCUGACAAGGAAGGACUCGGUGCAGCUGUCCUCAUUCGUUCAUGUGCUCCUAUCAGUGGACUGGAAACCAUUCAACAGCGCAGAGGUUUAAAGUCUGAGAAACCUGUUCUUCUUGCCGGGCCUGGGAAGGUUGGUCAAGCGCUGGGAAUCUCGACCGAGUGGUCUAACCAUCCUCUUUUCGCUCCUGGUGGUUUGGAACUUUUAGACGGGCCAGAACCUGAAAAGAUACUCGUUGGCCCAAGAGUUGGCAUAGAGUAUGCCUCACCAGAGCAUGUUACCGCGCUAUGGAGAUUUGCAAUAGCUGGUUCUCCUUGGAUUAGUGCUCCAAAAAACACUCUCCGGCCUCCCUAA